UGUACAUCUUUCUUUAUCAAACCUAAAUUUUCAAAUAGCAUUCAAGUUCGUUUAAUGUUGCAUUUCAUAAACCCGGAAUUUAAAUAACAUUAAAUAAUUGGAACACUUGGAGUUAAAAUUUAAAGCCCAUUACUAUAUUAUUAGUUCUUAUUCCAUAGUGAUUGAGUUCCAAAACUCGUUUAUACAUUGUAAAUAUUAAAAUAUUUUAAAAUAAUUUACUCACUUGUUUAACAAAAUAUUUUGAAUAGUUUAAAUAGUCGAAUUAGUACUUAAAUAAGUUCAACUAUGCCGACCUGGAAUCAAAUUCAAAGUCAAUUAAGAAACCCACAGAACCCUGUUGUAUUCUUUGACAUAUCUGUUGGAAGAACGGAAAUUGGUAGAUUAAUAAUGGAAUUAUAUGCAGACAUUGUGCCUAAGACUAGUGAAAAUUUUCGUCAAUUUUGUACUGGUGAACACAAAAAAGAUGGAAUUCCUUUUGGGUAUAAAGGAUGUUGUUUCCACAGGAUAAUUAAAGAUUUCAUGAUACAAGGUGGAGAUUUUGUAAAUGGUGAUGGAACUGGGGUUAUGAGUAUAUAUGGAGCAGAUACAUUUUCAGAUGAAAAUUUUAAACUUAAUCAUGACGCCCCUGGACUUUUAUCAAUGGCGAACAGUGGUGUAGAUACCAAUGGAUGUCAAUUUUUUAUCACUUGUGCUAACUGUAACUUUUUGGAUGGAAAACAUGUGGUAUUUGGUCGUGUCAUUGAUGGGUUGUUGGUAAUGAGAAAAAUUGAAAAUGUUCCUACUGGUCCAAAUAACAAACCAAAAAUUCCUAUUGUUAUAUCACAAUGCGGACAAUUAUAAUAGCUAUAAGUUGUACUUUCUUUCUCAUAUAUUUUGUCGCUCGUUUGUAUGCAUAUUAAAAAUAAAUUUCAAAUUAUACUACAAGUAAUAUAGUAAAUAUGUUUGAUUCUUCUAAAAUAUAAAGUUCAACAUAUCCCUACUAUUAAAGGGACUGACAGUUA